GAGUUACCAAGGAGACGAGAGCUGUGAAGCUAAUCACAGCUAGCAGUUAAACUCGGAGAAAGAGGACUUUCGGUGCCGCAUGUAUUUGUGUAAGGGGACAUUUGUGACAUGGCAGAGCUGCAUAUUAUCGGCCAGAUCGUCGGGGCCAGUGGGUUCCCGCAGAACAGCCUGUUUUGCAAAUGGGGAGUUCAUACGGGAGGAGCAUGGCGUCUUCUGUCCGGGCUGAAGGAGGGUCAGACCCAGGUGGAUAUACCCCAAAUCGGAGACAUGGCGUACUGGAGUCACCCGAUUGAUCUGCACUACGCGACAAAGGGACUUCAAGGCUGGCCGAAGCUUCAUCUUCAAGUUUGGCACCAGGACUCUUUCGGGCGCUGCCAGUUGUACGGGUACGGAUACUGCCACAUCCCGUCUAGCCCCGGACAUCAUCGGAUAAGCUGUGUGACUUGGAGGCCGCUCGGAUCCUGGCAGGAGCAGUUGGCACAAAUGUUUGUCGGCGGAGGACCACAGCUCCGCAGCCCGGACCUCAUAUACAACGGGGCGGACAGAUACAGACUGCAAACCGAAGCCAUGGGGACUGUGGAGCUGGAGCUAGGCGUUAUCAUGAGACACUUCGACAAACAUGGCGUCGAGAGUUAACACUGUGGAGUGAAGGGGAUUUUUAGGAAAGAUGUGAUGGAUUGUAUUUUGUGUAGGCGGGGAUCCUUCACGUUUUAAUCAAAGCUUUGUACUUUUUUAUAAGUUGCGUUUGUGUUUUUAUA